AUGGAGAAUCCUAUCGAGAGAGCAGUCAAUGAGGCGACUGCGGAUACACUCUAAAUGCCGGAUUAGAAACUAAUGAAAUAGGUGGCUGAUCUUGUCAACCUAAGAGCAGACUAAUCGAAAUUUGCAGUCUAGGCAAUAGGCAAGAGACUCAUGCAGCUUCGUAAUGGCAAGGUGCAAGCCCUCACUAUGGAGCUUAUUGAAUAUCUUGCUUUCACUUGCGAAACACCAUUCUACACUCAGAUUGCUACCAAUGACUUUCUUCAAAGACUCAAUACCCUCCUCAACCCACAAAUGAAUGCCCAAAUGUAGCAAAGAUUACUCUAAGUGAUCGCAGUACUCAAGUCACUUAUGCAAUCACACCAGGAUCUAUUUCCUGCCUUCUUCCAAUUCUUGCAAAAAAUCACUCCUAAACAUCAAAUACCCCAUAAUUACGAUAGCAAAUAUGCAGUACUCAGAAAGCCACAACCCGCAUACUCUUCAGGAGCAAGAACAAACAGUUUAGGAUCUGGCAGCUCCAAAAACGAUAAACUCCGACGUGAUCUAGAAAUAGUCAAAUCCAACAUCACCUUGACCAAUGAAAUCAUUGACAAUGCAAAUCCACAAGAAGAUGCAAGCAAGAACGAAAUCCUCAAAGAUAUGAUCACCACUUUGAGAGGAGUCGAAGAAAAGCUAAGAAAUUUGAUCACUGACAUGGGAAACAACGAUGAGGGUUUGAUGAACUUUUGCUUAGAAUUGAAUGAUGAUUUACUUAAAACCUUUGCUCGAUAUGAAGUGUUGAAGAAGCACAAAAAACCUGAUCCGUUCAGACCAGAACAAGCAUAAUAACCAUAAUAACAAGUCCUUCCACAACCAUAACCCCAACCACAAAUUGCAUAACAAGCCCCCUUCCAAUAAUAAUAAAAUCCCUUUAGUAUUCCACCUCCCGGAUAAUCACAACCCUAACAGUUUCAACAACCUAUAUAGCCAAAACCUCAAUAGAUAGACUUGUUAAAUUUAUUUGAGUAUGAUGAACCAAAACCAGCCGCAUAAUAGAAGGGACCUUAACCAACAUAGGCUGUUUAACCUGAAAAAUAAUAAAACAUAAUUGAUUUAUUUGAAGUCGAUAUGACUGGUCCUUCACCAUAACAAUAAUAAUAAUAAGUGCCACAAACAAUCACUCAAUAAUAAUAAUAAAUACCCCCUAUUUCAUAGAUACCACCAAUUUCAUAAAUACCUCCAGUUUAGUAAUUUGGAUAAUAACCAAUUCAAUCCUAACUUUAUGGGCAACCCCCUAUUUCAUAAGUUCAACAAUAAUCCAAUUAUUCUGCUUUGAACGCAUUCCCUCCUUAAUAACAAUAGUAAUACCCUCCUUAAUAAUAAUAAUACCCUCCUUAAUAAUAAUACCCACCCUAAUAACAAUAUCCUCCUUAAUAACAACAAUAUCCCCCUCAGUAGUAAUAUCCCCCAUAAUAAAAUUUACAAUAAUUAUAUCAACAAUAAUAGUUUGGAUAACAACAAAUGAAGUAUUAAGCAUUCUAACAAUAACCAACUUAACCUAUCCCAUACUAAUAGAAUCAACCCUAUCAAUAAUAGGGAUUCCCUUAGUAAUAAUAUCCAGUCAUUAGCAAUAUUUCUAAUUAAUAAAAGAAACCAGAAAAUGAAUUUGACAAUAUACUUAAUUUGGCAGUAGGUUAAAAAUCAUAACCAUAACAAUCAGCAUAGUAGCAAUAAUAAAAGUUAGACUUUAUUUGAUAUCUAUAUAGUUCAAAAGUAUAAGAUAUAAGACUAUUAUAAUAUUCU